CCGCCCGAUAGCGAAUCGCGGCUGCCAAUGUCGAUUGUAUUUUGUACUCAGUGACGUGGUUACAACAAACACCAACCGCAUUCAGAGAAACCUCCAAUCCGCCCGUUGCAACACAGUUUUCACCGCAAGCGAUGACCAGCGAAGGAACCAGGGAAUAAUUCCGGGCAGACACCAUUCAGCAACCGGGGGAGUCAAAGCGAAGGAGCACCCUGAGUCCAACUCCAGGAGCCACAGUGCGAUCAGCUGAGUUGUGAAAUCGAGGGAGAUCUAAGACUAGGACUGGGACCCAUUGACUCAAACUUCAUCCGUUGGGUGAGACUGGGUUGGAACGGAGCCACAUAGGAAGUGAGGGGCAAAGUGCCGCCGUGGCAAAAACGACAGAGAUUCCAUCCCGCUAGGAAUCCUAACCAGGACCGGAGCCAUGGCACUGCUCACGAUGAUAGCCAGAGUCAUCGACGGUCUGCCCCUGGUGGGGACCAUGCAGGAUGACGAGCAGAGCGGUCGCAGUAUACUGGACUAUCAAAACCAGGCCAAGAUGCUCUUUCGCAAGCUGGGCACUCAUUCACCAGCACGCAGUAGCAUCGAGACAGGACCCUACCUAUUCCACUAUCUAAUCGAAAACGAUGUCUGUUACCUGGUGAUGGUGGACAAGAUGUACUCGAAGCGACUGGCCUUUAAUUACCUGGAAGACCUAGCCCAGGAGUUCCAUGCCAACUACGGUAGGCGGGUCAACUCGGUGACGCGGCCCUACGCAUUCAUUGAGUUCGACGUGUACAUUCAGAAGGCGAAAAAGCAGUUGACGGACCGGAGGCGCAACAUCAGCAGCAUUAACACACAGCUGCAGGAUGUGCAGCGGAUCAUGGUGCAAAACAUUGACGAUGUGCUCCAACGUGGCACAGUGCUGGCGGAACUCGACACCAAGACCCAGAACCUGUCAAUGAUGUCGCAAAAGUACAAGAAGGACGCCAAGCUGCUCAACCGCAAGUCCAUGUACGUGAAGGCGGCGGCCGCGGGCAUCAUAUUCCUAGUGUUCAUCCUGUACUUCUGGGUUCUGUAAUAUUCGCUUGCAGCUCAAGCCCACUGUCUGGCCCUUGGCCACAUGGAGCGGUGCGUUCUUAGUCAAAUGUCGAGCGUCAAAGACGCAAGGCCGAAAGACAUUUGGAUAACGCGUAGACCUGUACCCCAGAAUAUACACACACACACACUAACUGCGCACCCAUAUAUGAUUCACAAUCAGGCGAAAAACCGAGAAACAAAACACCUUUCGACAAGCGCCCUGCUUCCGAGGCUUGUUAUACUUCUAAUUUUAACUUACCCCUGUCGUUGUUAACUGUCUUGAAUUCCAUUAACUAUUAACUCCCGGCCCCACGGGUCUUUCAUUACA